AUGACUUCUGGGGACAUUGCCAUUGUUGGCAUGGCAUGCCGGUUCGCCGGCGAUGCGAAAUCGCCAGAAGAGUUCCACGAAAUGUUGCAAAAAGGCAAGGACGCUUGGAGCAAAAUACCGCCCGGCCGAUUCAAGGCUGAAAACUUCAACCACCCAUCCAAGGAUCUCAGUGGAACCAUGGUCUGUGAGGGCGGCUACUACCUGGAGCAAGAUGUAUCUCAAUGGGAUGCACCUUUUUUUACCUGCUCAGCGUCCGAAGCGCGCUCCUACGACCCUCAGCAGCGUCUACUCCUCGAGGCGGCAUAUGAGAGUUUGGAAAACGCCGGCAUUCCAAUCGAAAGCAUCGCCAACACGGACGCCGCCUGUUUUGUGGGCGCAUUUUCUGAAGAUUACAAAUCGAUCGUGUCAAGAGACAUACAUGCCGCGCCGAAAUACGCCAAGACGGGCACCGCUCUCUCGAUUCUUUCCAACCGCAUCAGCUGGUUCUACAACCUGCGCGGUCCGUCGGUCACCUGCGACACGGCAUGCUCCAGCUCCAUGGCCGCUUUGCAUCUCGCCUGCGAGACGAUACGAUCAGACACCAAUCCGACUCGUUGUGCGCUGGUCGGAGGCGCGAACCUCAUCCUAGAUCCAGAUGACCAAUGCGGGCUAAACGCACUUGGUUUCUUUAGCCCGGAUAGUCGCUGCUUUUCUUUGGAUUCGCGAGCGAACGGCUAUGCGCGUGGAGAAGGUCUAGGGAUGCUUGUGCUGAAGCACAUUGACGACGCGAUUCGUGAUCGCGAUCCCAUCCGGGCUGUCAUUCGUGGCACCGGUCUUAACUCAGACGGCAGGACCGCCGGAAUCACUCUGCCGAGCGCAGAAGCGCAGGCGAGGCUGAUAGUCAACACUUACAAGAUGGCCAAUCUAGACCCAGCCGACACCCAGUACGUUGAGCUCCAUGGUACUGGCACAAAAGCCGGAGAUAAUGCAGAGGUUCGUGCGAUAUCCAAUACUAUCGCUGCGAACAGAAAGCAGCCCCUUUAUUGCGGCUCGGUCAAGUCGAGGGUCGGGCACACAGAAGCAGCUGCUGGCAUGGCGGCCAUCAUCAAGUCCGUCCUCUGCCUGGAAAAGGGUGUCAUAACGCCCAAUCUCAAUUUCGCCACUGCAAAUCCACGCCUCGGGCUUGAUUCUUCCGGCAUCAUAGUGCCCACUUCCACCAUCCCGUGGCCUGAAUGCGAAGCGAGGAGGUGCUCGAUCAACAACUUUGGCUUUGGCGGCACAAACGCACACGCAGUCAUUGACGACGCGUUCAACUAUCUGAGAUUGCGAGGCAAGCUCCAGCAAGCCGAAGAGACCGAAUCCGUUCAGCAGCCUCGUGUAUUUGCGCUUUCGGCCCCGGAACAAGCGGCUACAACGCGGCAGCGCCAUGCGCACGCAAACUACAUUGAGUCCCGCGGUGAUGAUGCCAAGCUACGCAACAUUGCUAGAACACUUGGCGAAAAGCGCUCGGUCUUCCAAUGGAGACACGCCGUUGUGGCGGCGACGUCUCAGGAAUUGCUGGCCUCAUGGAGGGACGACACAAUCAAGCCGGUGAAAGCCGGCAACUCUCCGAAGAUUGCAUUCGUCUUCACGGGACAGGGAGCCCAGUGGUAUAAAAUGGGCCGUGAGCUAUUAUGCUUCCCGGAAUUUAUGCGCUCGAUCCGUCUGUCCGCAGAGCAUCUGGCCGGCCUGGGCUGUGCAUGGGAUGCUUGGACAGAGCUCACACAGACCACGUCCGAACAUGAUUCAAAGGUCAAUCAAGCAGAGUACUCGCAACCACUUUGCCUCGUACUUCAAAUUGCGCUUGUUGAUCUUCUGGCCCAUUGGGGGAUCACACCCAUGAGUGUAAUCGGGCACUCCUCAGGCGAGAUUGCGGCAGCCUAUGCUGCUGGAGCUCUCUCAAGAGAUGACUGCCUGAGGAUUGCGUAUCACCGCGGCAUCGUGUCUAAGCUAGCACAGAUGCGAAAGCCUGGUGGAUGCAUGAUGGCCGUGGGUAAGUCAGCAGAGGCCGUUGGCGCCUUUCUCGCGGCAAGUGGUGGUGCAGUUGUUGUUGCAUGCAUCAACAGCCCAGAAAGUGUCACCCUUGCAGGUGACAAACCGGCCCUGGAAAAGCUAAAGGUUGUCUUCGAUGCGGAAAAGAUCUUUUGCCGUCUUCUGCAAGUCGAGAAUGCAUACCACAGCCCGCAGAUGCAGAGCGUCAGCGGCGACUACCUGGAGGCCAUCAAGAGCAUUUCCCCCCUUGUUGCAACAACUUCUGUCGCGUUCUACUCCACAGUCCGCGGCCAGAGACUGCCACUUUCUGAGCUCACAGCUGAAUACUGGGUUGAGAAUCUGUGUUCCCCUGUCAGGUUCGUAGAUGCUCUGGAUGACAUGAUCUACGCGACUGGUACAGACAAGCAGCGCAAGGCCAAAGCUGACGCACCGAGCAUGCUGUUUGAGAUUGGGCCCCAUUCUGCGCUCGCAGGUCCCAUCAAGCAGUUCAAAGCAAGCCGUCAUGCGCUGGAAAAUUUAGCAUAUACAUCUAUGCUUGUGCGUGACAAGGACGCCUCGGUCACCGCGGUCAGUGCUGCGGCUAACUUGUGGACGAGCGGAGUGGCCGUGAAGCUGGACAAGGUAAAUAAUGUCAGUGCGGCUGUCGAGACUUUGACAGAACUGCCAACUUAUCCUUGGAAUCACUCAACGUCCUACUGGCACGAAACCCGGCAGUCAAAGAACCACCGCCAACCUGGGUUCGCCAGACACGAUCUGAUUGGCGCAAGAAUCGACUCCUACAAUCCCAUCGAGCCUGUGUGGAAGAAUUAUCUAAAGCUUUCCAAUUUACCUUGGCUUCGUGAUCACCAGAUCCAGGGCGACAUUGUUUUUCCAGCGGCGGGCAUGAUUUGCUCCGCUGUCGAAGCUGCACGACAAAUUGCUGCCACCGAGAGCUCUGGUGAAGCUAUUUUGGGGUUUGAACUACGCGAACUCUCGGUCGCAAGAGCUUUGGUCAUUCCUGACAACGAAAUGGGAAUAGAAGUCUACGUCAACCUGAAGCGCCGAAAGACGGGAAUGGGCAGUGGCGUCGGAGCCUGGUUCGAGUUUUCUUACUAUUCCUGCCAAGAUAACGACACCUUUGUCGAACACGCUGCGGGCUUACUGCAGAUCCAAUAUCGCAAAAAGGAAACCGAGAUCGACCAAGGGAAAGAAACGAGAGAAGAAACCCUGGCUCACAAUAGACGAUGGGAGUCGAAGAGGGCGCUGUGCCUUGACAAGGUCGCCAGGUCAAGCCACUACAACUUCUGCAAGGAGCAGGGUCUUCAAUUUGGCAAAACUUUCCAAGGCUUGCGCGGUGCCCACCAGAACGGAUUGACAGUUGCUUUCGAUAUCGGCAUUGUGGAUACACGUGCAUGCAUGCCUGCGUAUCAUGAAAGUGACUACCUCAUGCACCCUGCCACACUUGACGCUGUCUUUCAAGCUAUGAUGAUUGCAGUUCCCAUGGCCGAGGACGUUGAGAAACAAGUUUGGGUCCCUACAGGUGCUGCGUCCAUGUUCAUAUCGAACGAAAUAAAUCGAAGUCAUGGAGCAACAUUGCAGGGACUGGCUGAAUCAUCGCAGACAGGCGUCCGAGAAAUGAUGGCAUCUGUGCUUGUAAAAGACACACAAGACCAAGACUCUGCUCCUGCUGUCAUCAUUGAAGAUUUCAGAUUCACGGGCUUGGGGUCAACCCAGAAAUCCACGCAAUCGUCCGACGCACUGGCCUCGAAGCUAUACUCUGCUCCUGUCUGGAAGCCAGACGUGGAUCUAAUUGACGCCCAGACCCUCCGAAGCAUGAGUGGUGUCAUGGAUGAUGCCAAUGGCAUGGUGAGGUACUGUUCAAUGGCCAACAGCCUCCUCAAAGAAAUUUGCAAAGCUUCGCUUGCGCAUCUCGCGCCGAUUAUCAAUGCUUCGUCGCCUCCUCACCUUCUCAAGCUAGCAGACUGGAUGCACAGACAAUGCAGCCACAAUGAGACGGGUAUCGUCACUCCAGUGGACAGCCCUGACAGCUGCGAUGAGCGGACGAAGUUGCUCGACCUGCCAAACUUGCCUGGUAUUCACAGCUUCAUCGAGCACUAUCCCAUCGACGGUCAGCUUGCUCUGCAUGUCUAUCGUGCGCUAGGUGCAAUCUACGCAGAGGAAACAACUCCAAUUGCCACUCUACGACAGGAUGAUCUGCUCAACAAAGCAUACCAAGAGGUAUACGGCCUGCAGACUCACGUCGAGCUCAUGAAAACAUGGUUUGAGCUCAAAGCGCAUAAGCAGCCAGCACUUCGAGUUCUUGAAAUCGGUGCUGGUACAGCGUCUACCACCCUACCGGUUCUGCAGCAGCUGAGCCAGACAGGGAGCGACACGCCAAUGUUCUCUUCAUGGACUUUCACCGACAUAUCAGCGGACACUGACCCUGUCGAGCAAGGCUUUGAUGCUGGUUCAUACGAUGUUGUAUUGGCAGUCAAUGUACUUCAUGCAACAAAGAACAUUGGCACAACGCUUCAGCACUGUAAUACGUUGCUCAAGCCUGGUGGCAAGCUUGUUCUAGGUGAAUACACCAACCCGAAUGACUUGGCCAACUUUGUAUUCGGAAUCAUGCCUGGAUGGUGGGCUGCUGAAGACGACCGCAAGACCGGUCCUUUACUGCUUCAGUCUCAGUGGCACGAGUCACUCUUGUCUGCUGGCUUCUCCGGUGCCGACAUGUCGAUUGCCGACAAUGACGACCCGAUUGCUCACAGAAUGUCCACAAUCAUCAGCACAAAGCCUCGCGAGGAGUCCUCCAAGAAUAUGGUUGUCGUUAUCCCCCAAAUCUGCAGCGAUUCGACCAAGAAGCUUGCAACCAAGAUCUGUCGCCAGCUCCAGCAGCAUGGCCAUGGAGGAAUCGUGAUGAGCCUCGCGGCUGCGGCACUCAAAGCAAAGGACAAGUCAAUCGUGUCUCUCUUGGACUAUGAGUCCCCGUUCUUUGCAGAUGCCUCAAAGACGGAGUUUGAAGACGUUCAAUCUCUUCUCCUGCACAGUGACGAGCUUUUGUGGGUUACGAGAUCUGGACUGCAAGAGACGCCCAGUCACCCAAUGAAGCGCAUGAUAUCCGGCCUGAUGCGUUGCAUCAAAAUGGAAGACUCAUCGCGCUCACUGUACGAGCUCCACUUGUCACGUCAUUUGGAUGAGGAUGUGGAAUCGACGAGCACCACUGUUUGCAAGAGGCUGCAGACGAUUUGGGAGGCCGCUGGCGAUGAAGCUGUCGAGGAAAUGGAGACUGAAGAGAAGAACGGCCGCUUUUACAUUCCACGUCACAUGCCUUGCAAAGCCAUGAAUGACAGCCUGGCUCGCGCAACUCAGGCUGUUGCACCGACGGCGGAGCUUGGUGCUCUUGUGCAAGAGAAUCGGCCCUUGAAACUCACCAUUGCCCAUCCAGGCAUGCUCGACACACUUAGAUUCGUCGAUGACGACCGCGCGCUGAAACCUCUUGGAGAGUUUGAAGUCGAGAUUGAAGUCAGAGCUUGCGCACUGAACUUUCUCGACAUCAUGAUUGCAAUGGGCCAGAUCCAGCGUCAGGUGUUGGGUCACGAAGCAUGCGGAACAGUGAACCGAGUAGGCUCAAAGGUCUCCGAAGUAAGCUGUGGCGACCGUGUGGUCUUUGUUGGACCUGGAUCUAUGAGAACUCAUAUUCGAGCCCACGAAUCUGUCGUUCAGAAACUGCCCGACAGCCUGACAUUUUCUGAAGCCGUCUCCGUACCGAUUGCCUAUGCCACUGCGUAUCGAUCUCUUGUAGAGGUCGCUCGAUUGGAAAAGGGCGAAUCCGUUCUUAUUCACGCCGCAGCCGGAGGCUUGGGUCAGGCGCUCAUCCAGAUUGCCAAAAUGCUAGAAGCAGAGAUAUACUGCACGGUCGGCUCUAGCGAGAAGAAGGCGACAGUUGUCUCCUUAGGCGUUGACCCAGACCGAGUUUUCAGUUCCCGUGACCUCUCGUUUGCCAAAGGCGUAAAGCGCAUGACAGACGGUCGGGGCGUCGACGUCGUUGUCAACUCUUUGGCUGGCGAGGCUCUCCGCCAGAGUUGGAACUGCCUUGCGCCUUAUGGUCGCUUCAUCGAAGUUGGCAAGAAAGAUAUUCUUGGCAAUAGCGGCCUCGAGAUGCAGCAAUUCAUCCACAACACUGUGUUUGCGGGUGUUAACCUUGAGGCCAUGAUGAUUGAACAACCUGUACGGUGCCGCAAAGUUGUGGCCAAGGUGUUCAAGCUCUUCGAAGACGGACUGAUUGACUCCAUAAAGCCCAUCGUGGUGCGUGAUUUCACGGAUGUGGAGAGCACAUUCCGUGACAUGCAACGUGGAGCUCAUAUCGGAAAACUUGUUCUCGAGGUAACGCCCUCAUCACAAGUACCCAUUCUUCCAAGAGUGGAGGUGCCUUUUACUCUUGAUGCAGACGCAACAUACUUGCUCGUCGGAGGUCUUGGCGGACUCGGUCGAGCUCAGGCAGUCUUUCUGGCGGACAAUGGGGCUCGACACAUUGCAUUCAUCUCCCGAUCAGGAGACGCAAAGCCAGAGGCCAAAAAGUUGCUCAGCACUCUUAAUGCGUCGGGGGUUGAGGCCAAAUCAUACGCUGGUGAUGCGGCCAACGCACAUGAGAUGAAGCUCAUAAUUGAUGACAUCUCGCGCAGUAUGCCACCCAUCCGCGGCGUUAUCCAAGGCGCCAUGGUGCUUGCAGAUAGCCUGUUCCACAGAAUGAGCCAUGAGCAGUGGGAGGCUGCAACGAGGCCGAAAGUGCAAGGUACCUGGAAUCUUCACGAACUGUUGCCCAAAGAUCUCGAUUUCUUCAUAGUUCUCUCAUCCCUUGCUGGUAUCAUUGGCUCCGUGUCGCAAGGAAACUAUGCAGCCGGAAAUACUUUCCAAGAUGCACUUGUGCAUUACAGAAGAAGCAAGGGUCUUGCUGCUCAAAGUCUUGACAUUGGUGUUAUGACGGGCAUUGGCUAUGUCGAAGAGCACGACGACGCUCGCGCAAGAACGAGCCAGCUGCGAGUGACAAGCCUCGGAGAAAAGCAGUUCAUGCAUGCUCUGCGGAGUACUCUAGCUGGUAGCGUUGACGGCGACAAGGCGCCCAUGCCGCAGAUUCUUGUCGGCGCAGGCAGCGGAGGAAUCCAGCAGCUGGUCAAAGAAAAAGAUGCAAGUGCCGACUUUUACUGGCUGCGGUCGCUGGCUGCAUUCUCCUAUCUUCAGCAGAUGGAUGUCCAGAGCCAAGAUCUGGAAAGUACCGAAGGCCAGGACGAGGCAAGCAAGCUGGUGUCGGAGCUGAGGCUCUCCAAGACCAUGGAUGAGGCAAACGAUGUGGCGCAGCGGCUUUUGGUCUCCAGAAUCGCGAAGCACAUAUCCAUCCUUGCCGGCGACAUCAGCACGAGCAAGCCGAUACACGCAUACGGUAUUGACAGUUUGGUGGCGGUAGAGCUGCGCAACUGGCUGUCGAUGGAGCUGAAGAGCGAGCUGACAAUCUUUGACUUGACUGGCAGCGAUCCGAUAAGUGAAGUGAGCAAAAAGAUUGCCAGCAGAUCAAAGCUCGUCACCACAGAUGCUAAGACGUCUGGCUGA